UUGUUUACUUUUUCAUGCAGGUAUGUGAUGGAAACGAUAAGGAUGAACACUGAUUUGCAAACGCAGCCUCUCUGCUUAUCUAUGAAGCCAAAGUACGUUGAUUCUACUCUGCGGAAGCAAGUUGAGAUGACGAAACAGUUUCAACAUGAAAAUGAACCCGUACUCUACCCUCGCAUGAACAAGUUUAAGGCAGAAAUUCUUACUUUCAAAAACUCAAAGGACAUCGGUGAACCGAAGCCCCGAAUCACGGACCCCGCUGCGGAAAAUGGACACCGCGAUUGCUACAGCAGACAAACAUCGAGCGAGUCAAGCUCGCCGGCGGGAAAUCAAGACAGAGAGUCCGGCCAGUCGUCGAUCGAAUCUCCAAUCUCUAUGAAAGGCGAAAGUGGAUGGGGAAGGCAACAGGAAACAAACAAAACUAAUUUCAAUCACAAGACUUUUUCAACUUCCCCAUCAAGUUCAGGAAGCAAAGAUCUUUGGCGGCCCCCAGUGGAAGCCUUAAAUUCAACCGGAAAAGUUGGCCACGUCGAACCCCCGCGUCAAAAACGUCCGAAACUUUCAACCCUCGGUACAGCAAUGAUGCCGGAAUGGAACAAUUAUGCGCUGCAACAAUUAAUCGCAAAAACUCAACUCUUGAGGUUUCCCACUAUCUACAAUGCGCAUGCGCAGUGGCAGCAAAAUGUACAGCAGAGCACGUACGAAAAUAACAAAGUCCCUCCCCCGCAAAUGAUGAAUUUACAUCACUUUGCGCAAGCUCAAAAUAUUUCUUCGUUCCUUCGAGCCUUUCCAUUUUAUUCAGGGUUGCCAAGCUUAUUGAAACACCGUUCCCUAAUGGGCGAUAACGCUACCACCAACGCCGUUCUUAACCACAAACAACUUGUCGAGAACAUACGGGAGCAUCACGCGAAAGUGACAUCUCAAGCGCCUAUGUUGGGCAACUUAUUUUUCCCGAAUACUUUGGGGACAACUGCGAGUAAUCCACAACCGCCGCCAUUUAUGAGCCAACCAAACUGUUAUCAUUCAAAUGAACAGUUUACGUGUGGACAGUGCAACAAAGACUUUACUACAGCGCAUGGAUUAGAGGUCCACGGUAGACGAGCGCAUUCAGGUGAUCGAACAUUCAACUGUGACGUUUGCAGCAAAUCCUUUGGCCAUGCUGUAACUCUGGGUCAGCAUAAGGCAAGCCAUAAUAGGGAAAAGGUAUUCGAAUGCCAUAUCUGCCACAAAACCUUCAAACGUUCGUCUACUUUAUCCACCCACCUCCUAAUACACAGUGAUACUCGUCCCUUCCCAUGUCCUUACUGUGGGAAGAGGUUUCACCAAAAGUCAGACAUGAAGAAACAUACCUUCAUACAUACAGGUGAGAAGCCGCACAAAUGUCGUAUUUGUGGAAAGGCCUUCAGUCAGAGCUCCAAUCUCAUUACUCACAUGCGAAAACACACGGGUUACAAACCCUUUGCCUGUGAUGCUUGCGACCGCGCUUUCCAAAGAAAAGUUGACCUUAGGCGGCACAAGGAAUCACAGCAUAACGUUAAACAAUAAGGUGUAGAACUAUUCUUUUGCUGUUGGUCUUGAGACGUUAAAUUAGCGCUGCCGUGUCGGAGUAUUUUUGGCAAUCAUUUUCGAAAAAGUAUGCAUUAAAGGCAAUGCAAAGAGCGACUUUUUAACGAUGGUUUAUAUUUACUGCUUUUGGCCAUGCUGGUAUUGCAUGCUUAUAAAAGUAAAUACCUCUAAUUUACUGUCAAAAGCGCCAAGUUUGAAAAAGCACAAAAUAUUAACGCCUUAUUGGUUGGGUACACCACAUAACUUAAAACUGCUAUGUAUUGAUUUUACACUUUUGUUUUUACAGUUGCCACAAUUUUCGGUGUUUUUUGAUGGUGUAAUUAUUUUGACGUUUUAAUUAUGUGCAAAAAAGUUCCUUUUUGGUCACG